UGCCUCUCAUACAGCAAGAUGUUCUCCAACGUGAAGGAAGCCAUCAUGCAGAGGGAAAGUUGUAGUUCCAAUCUCAUUCUCGUUUUUUCGCAUCAUGGAGUUUUCCAUGUCUUCUGAAUGGCAUAGUUUUCAAUUGCCAAAUUAUCUCGAGUAUCGCUCGCGUCUACAUUAUUCACGUAUUCUUUGGGUAACUCAUGAAGCAUCAGUACUUGGUUACUUCUUAUUUUAUCAAUUCUUCAAAUUUUACAUUCAAGUGAAACAUCAAACGAAUUCAAUAGCAUUCGACUUCAAUUGCGGGAAUACCACCCACCGUCAUGUCCUUACGGCUCCGGGCGGGAACUAUUCGUCAAAAGCUAAAAUCAGCGAGAUCGAGGCUCUCUCUUGACUUUGAAAGCAUUACUCACCCCAGUCGUCCCCCUUCAUCGAGGGAUUCAAAAUUGAGCGAUGGAGCACUUGACAGCGUUACAGGCACCGCGGAGGGGAGUGGAACUAAUUCGGUUUCUCAUGAAGAAAUUACUCAUGCUACUAGUGAUGAUAGUAUCGACCAAGAUCAUCAUAGCGGUGUUGACGGUCAUACCAGUCGUAAUGGUCAAGUUUCUAGGCCGGUGAUAGACGGAGACAUCGAUUCUAAAACCAAUGGCGAAUCCGUAGAGAUCGAGAACCAAAAGACCAAGACUUCCAAGUCUAAGCCUCCCAAGACCAAAAACCGAAAGGAUAAAACCCCAAAGCUCUCUCGUACAAUAGCUAAUGUUGAGGCCAAACGUCCAGAUGAAGCGAAUACUGAGGAUCGGAGUAGUUCAGUCAACUAUCUUAACGAUGUUUCCAUUGAAAGCCCAGCCCUAAACCCCAAUGAGCAAUACCCCGAGAACGAGGAACACGAAAGUAGAAUUGACGAGGUUGAAAAGCCAGCUUCAACUGCAACACCUGCGAGCGACGCUGUCGGUCAUAAAAGCAUAUUCAGGGCGUGGCCAGACGAGGAACUCCAGCUUCAACGUCAAGUAAUCGAAAAGUAUGAAGCGGGGGAAAAACUUUGGACUAAGGAAGACCUAGUGGCCAUCGAAAGACAAAUCACGGAAGAAAACCCCGUCAAGAUACCUGCCUUCGUCGGAGAUAGCGAAGUAUAUGAGAAGCAAAAAGGGGUAACAUACAGAGUAGAAUUUUAUGGAUAUCAGGCCCUCGCUUUUCCGCCUCCUUCUCGACCCAAUGGAAUGCCAUACUGUACCAUGUCCCUCAGAGCGCUACCCUUCGAUUAUUCGCUAUCCAGAGUGCUGGCACUUGAGAUGGAGAUAUUUCAUAAAUGCAUGGCCAUUUGGCUAGUUAGUCCAAUCGGGGAACUCUUAUAUUCGUUGUUCAUGAAGGUCCCCCUGCCGCCGCAUAUCAACAAAAUUGUUUGUUUUGACUUGGGAAGCAUCACAGCCAAGCCGGCAGAAGAAUAUCCAGCGAUGCGACAGGCGAUAUACAAGCACUCGGCGGUAUUGACAAUAGUCGAAUGCCUGCACAAGCGAUUUGGGACCAUGAUCCAACUCUUUGCACAGGAUACGACCUACUGCGACCACUGCACGAAAGUCUUGUUUCAGAAGGGAUUUUCUGUCAUCGGCUUACACGGCGCUAGUGGCUUUACGGUGAUCGACGAAAACACCUUGGUGUUCGCCCCCGGUCCGACCUUCUGUGUCAAGGAGGUCAUCGCUGAUAUCGCGAAGCCAGCCGCCAUGUUCUGGAAUACGGUCUUGAGCCCCGAGGAGACGGAGAGGGAGACAAGGUCUAAGAGGCCUUUGGAUCUUGAAGAUAGAUUGGCUACAUAUUAUCAUCGCGAAAAGGCAGACCCCGAUACCCCUCGCGUGCGCGAGUUCGUUAAGCAGUACGAUUGUCACCAAUUCCCAUGGAACAACUUAUUCGGACCAGUUUCUUUGUAUACGCGCUCUGGCGUGAGCGUAUCUCACGAUUCAGGCGAUGAGUCAUAGAGGAUUGCCCCUAUUUGGAGGAAGAGUACGCCAGGCAGGGAUUGAUAGUAUUGAAAUAUUCUCCCGGAUGCAAAUGAUGGGUUGUAGAUAAAAGUUUCGUCUUUCUGUUUUGUUCUUGCAUUGAUAGGGUCCGGAAUUUUAGCCAUUGCAUCAUAGGUCACACAAAAUGGCCUCGGAGAACGGUGUUUCUCCCGGAGUUUUAGUUGUACGGUCGUUAAAGCGUGGGGGGUUGGGGUUAUACAAAACGC